UUUACCAAAUCGUACUACAUUUACCAUUAAGAUGGACAAGCAAUUUCAAGAUGGAAGUAAUUAUCCAAUAUUCUUGGACAACAACGAUAGUCUGGGGCAUUUUCGACAGCGGUUUUACUUGAAGAAGAACAGCAUUUACAUGUGCGGGAACUCGUUGGGACUAGCAUCAAAGGACGCAGAAGAAUCUAUACUAAACGUUUUGGAUAUGUGGAAAGAAGAAGGCAUCAAAAUUUGGAAUGUAGAAGAGAACAAAUACCAUCUAUAUUCAAUACAUUUAGCCAUACUAAUGGCGGAGAUGGUGGGCGUCGACGGUGAUGAAAUAGCCGUGACUGCUUGCACUACCGUUAAUAUUCACCAAGCGGUUAGCACAUUGUACAAACCAACUAACGAUAGAUACAAAAUACUUGUAGACGAUAUCAAUUUUCCUACCGAUCGAUACGCCAUUGAAAGCCAAGUCAAAUUAAGAGGAUACGAAAUAGAGGAUGCAGUUAAAAUUGUUAAAUGCAAAGGAAAAUUUAUCGACGAGGACGAUGUUAUCGAAGCAAUGACUCCAGACGUUGCAUUGAUCUUGUUGCCGACAGUAUACUACAGAUCAGCGCAAAUUUUAGAUAUGAAAAAGAUAAGUGAAGCGGCCAAGAAAAGGAAUAUCAUUAUAGGAUGGGACUUAAGUCAUGCUGUUGGCUCCGUCGACGUCAACUUAAAAGAAUUGGAUAUAGAUUUUGCUGUUUGGUGCACGUAUAAAUAUCUGAACGGUGGUCCAGGUUCGACAGCAAGCUUAUACAUAAACAGGAAACACUUCCAUCAGGUCCCAGGUCUGGCUGGUUGGCAUGGUAACAAGGCAGAGACCCAAUUCAAAUUACUCCAAAAAUUCGAGCACAGACACGACGCCACUGGUUGGCAGAUUGGAACACCGCACCUUUUAUCGAUGGCAGGACUCGAGGGCUCCUUGAAAUUGUUCCUAGAAGCUGGUCUGAAGAAUAUUAGGAAGAAAUCUCUCCACAUCACCGCGUACUUGAUGUUUCUAGUAGACACCAAGUUAUCUGGUUACGGGUUUACCAUUGGUAACCCAAGGGACGACGAGAGGAGAGGGGGACACGUGUGUUUAGAACACGACGAGAGUUACAGGAUCUCAUUGGCGUUGAAGGCUCGAGGUGUCGUUCCAGAUUUCAGAGAUCCGAAUGUCAUUCGUUUGUCACCCACCGCCUUGUAUACGAGUUACGAAGAGGUCUAUAGAUUGGUUGAUAUCUUACUGGACAUCGUUCGGAAUGAGUCUUAUAAGGAGAUUAGUGACGCAAGAAAUAUGGUUGUUUAAUUUUUCUAUAUUUAUUCAUUAAGGGCUUUACUUUUAAAUUUUAUUUAGUCAUUGGAGUACAGGAGUGAAAUGACUGCUGUCUUCUAAGCUU